UUUUUCAUGCAUAAAGUUUUCAAUACGUGUUGAAUUUUCAACCACACCACCUGUUUCAUUUCAUAUGCAAUCUGUGAAUCCACAGUAAACGUGGUUAGAAAAUUUAUAGGUGAAAACACAACCUAAUAAGAGAAAGAAGCAUGGUUUCUAGAAAUCUCAAGUGUUUUAGCCAUUAUGGUUUCUUGAAUCACACUUAUCCUACAUUUGCUUCUUUUUCACUUUCUUGUGUUCUAUGUGUCAACAUUAGCUUCCAUUACAUUGUUCCAAGAACAAAGGUGAAGACCCUUUGUUCAAGUUUCAACAUGGCAACAAAAGAGUCAAGCUCUUCUGCUUCUGCUUCGGCUUCUGCGGACACUAAAAUCAAAAGGGUUCUUACUCAUGGUGGUAAAUAUGCACACUACAAUGUGUAUGGAAACUUGUUUGAGGUGUCUUCUAAGUACGUGCCUCCCAUUCGUCCUAUUGGUAGAGGCGCGUAUGGUAUCGUUUGUGCUGCUGUUAAUUCCGAUACACAUGAACAAGUUGCUAUUAAGAAGAUUGGUAAUGCUUUUGACAAUAUAGUUGAUGCGAAAAGGACUUUGCGCGAAAUCAAGCUUCUCCGUCACAUGGAUCAUCAAAAUAUCAUUGCCAUCAAGGAUAUCAUACGACCCCCGAAAAAGGACGCGUUUAAUGAUGUGUACAUUGUUUAUGAUUUGAUGGACACUAAUCUCCAUCAUAUAAUUCAUUCUGAUCAACCUCUCUGCGAAGAACAUUGUCAGUACUUCUUAUAUCAGCUGUUACGUGGGCUGAAAUAUGUGCACUCAGUUAAUGUUUUGCACCGUGAUCUUAAGCCGAGUAAUUUACUAGUGAACACAAACUGUGACCUUAAAAUCGGCGACUUCGGUUUGGCAAGGACAACAUCUGAAACUGAUUUCAUGACUGAGUAUGUUGUCACGAGAUGGUACCGAGCUCCGGAGUUACUCCUCAAUUGUUCUGAGUACACAUCUGCGAUUGAUGUUUGGUCUGUCGGUUGCAUAUUUGGUGAAAUCAUGACCAGAGAGCCCUUGUUUCCUGGCAAAGACUAUGUUCAUCAACUAAGGCUUAUCACAGAGUUAAUAGGUUCGCCCGAUGAUGCUAGCCUUGGAUUUCUCCGAAGUGACAAUGCUAGAAGAUAUUUUAGACAGUUUCAACAAUACCGGAAGCAAAAAUUCUCGUCUAGAUUCCCAAACAUGUUACCCGAGGCACUUGACCUGUUAGAAAAGAUGCUUAUCUUUGAUCCAAACAAACGCAUUACAGUUGAUGAGGCACUGUGUCACCCGUAUCUUUCAUCGCUUCACAACACGAACGAGGAGCCGGUGUGUCCAAGGCCAUUCACUUUUGAUUUUGAUCAGCCAACAUGCACUGAAGAUCAUAUCAAGGAGCUCAUAUGGAAGGAAUCUGUGAAGUUCAAUCCAGAUCCACCUUGUCAGUAAUCCCUUUCUUAUUUUGUAUAAAAUGUAACCUCUAUUGCCUGUCCAUCGUCGUUCAGAUGAUUCGCUUAAGACAGAAGCUCUUUUCCUUUGUAAUCUAAUCCUAAAACCAAACUACGACAUGGAAAGAAACUUCUCUUGAAAAUCGGAUGUUACACGCAUUUAUACGAGUAAUAAAAAAGCUGUUGUAUUGUUCUCAAGUUUUGCUUUAGGAGGAAUAGGGUGUCAUGGACAAGGAAAAAACAUGAAAGCAAAAUUGUACGCGUCUGUCGUGGACAUCGAGCUUCUUUCAUAAUACCUGAUGUUUAUCUUUAAACCGCGUUUUUUAAGUUUCAAUUAUGUAUCUGGUAACAUUUGUUAGAUAUGAAUAUUCCUUCCUUCA